CGGGCUGCGGGGUGGACGGGGAUUCGGCAGCGCAGUCAAGUAGCCCCGGGAACGGCCGGCGCUGGCUGGGUGGGCGGAGGCGGAGCUGUCAGUCACACUCAGCCGCCGGUAGCCUGCCCGCCAUGCGCCCCCCACCCCGCUCCUCGCUCUGUCUAUUGCUUCUGCUGCUGUUUGUGCUGCCGCCGGCGCUCGGCACUGCCCGGAAGACAACACCCUGCCAACGGUGUCGGACGUUGGUGGACAAGUUCAACCAGGGCAUGACCAACACGGCCAAGAAGAACUUCGGCGGCGGCAACACGGCCUGGGAGGAAAAGACGCUGUCCAAGUAUGAGUUCAGUGAGAUCCGGCUCCUGGAGAUCAUGGAGGGCUUGUGCGAGAGCAGUGACUUUGAGUGUAACCAGCUGCUGGAACAGCAGGAGGAGCACCUAGAGGCCUGGUGGCUGCAGCUGAAGAAGGAGUACCCGGACCUAUUUGAGUGGUUCUGCGUGCAGACGCUGGAAGUAUGCUGUUCUCCAGGGACCUACGGGCCAGACUGUCAUGCAUGCCAAGGUGGAUCCAAGAGGCCCUGCAGCGGGAACGGCCACUGCAACGGAGAUGGCACCAGACAGGGGGAUGGGUCCUGCCAGUGUCACACAGGCUACAAGGGGACGCUGUGCACUGACUGCAUAGAUGGCUACUUCCAGUCACUGAAGACCGAAACCCACAGCACCUGCACAGCCUGUGAUGAGUCCUGCAAGACAUGCUUGGGUCCAACCAACAGGGACUGUAGCAAGUGUGAAGCCGGCUGGGCUCGCAUAGAGGACGCCUGUGUGGAUGUGGACGAGUGUGCGGCGGACACGCCUCCCUGCAAUGACACCCAGUACUGUGAGAACGUUGCUGGCUCCUACACCUGUGAAGAAUGUGAUUCCACCUGUGUGGGGUGCACAGGAAAAGGCCCAGCAAAGUGCAAAGAGUGUGUCCCAGGCUACACAAAGGACAGUGGGCAGUGUGCAGAUAUAGAUGAAUGCUCACUAGCAGAAAAACCAUGUACGAGGAAGGACGAAAACUGCUACAACACCCCAGGGAGCUUUGUCUGUGUGUGUCCUGACGGCUUCAAGGAGACAGAAGACACGUGUGUACCGCCAGCUGAGGGUGAAGCCACAGGAGAAAACCCGACACAGCCACCCCCGCAUGAGGACUUGUGACUACACCCAGGGCCAGAAGCCAAACCCACCCUUUAAAUUAUUCAGAAAGGCGUCGUGCAGGAGCAGGAGCCCUGUGGACAUUGCCCCCAUUUCUCCAGGUGGAUGGCUGGAGGGAGCAGCUGCUGCUUUAAAAAGUUGCAUUUCUUGGUUGUUGUUAAACGGAUUCAUAUAUUUUGAUAUACUGUUCUUUGUAAUAAAAUGGACCAUUGAAGG